AUGUUCCGAAGUAUCCUGCUCGUAGCUAUCGGCUCAGGAAUUGCACCUUGUUUACCAGUCAUCCUGGCACAAAAUACUCGUAUUAGUCUUUUUUGGUCAACUCGAGAUCCAUUGACGACUUAUGGUGAUGAAAUCGGUGGCAUUAUCAAAGCACUGGGGUCUAAUGCAUACAUCCAUAAUACGACGACUAUGGGGCGACCCGCGACUCUUCCUCUUGUGAUCCAGCAGUACCGAGAUACUGAUUCGGAAGCUGUCAUCGUGAUUUCGAAAGCAAAAUUGACGAUAAAGCUCGUACAAGAUUUGGAAUUCAUUGGAAUCCCAGCCUUUGGUCCCAUCUGGGACUCAUAG